AUGGAUGAUUUCUUGGUUUCAAACUAUCGCAGUACAAUUUCCGCCCGACCGGCCUUCAGCCGGAAUGCUGGACUUCCAAUGUCAAGUCCAACUUAUGGCACAACGAUGUCAUCCGGUGGUCGAAUACUGAAAACUGUUACGGAAAUUGGCUCAUCAUCAAUGCAUAGUAGUGGACUAUCACCUUUUGGACAGAGUGCUGCGUCAACAAUCCGCGAUACACGUGAACGUGAAAAAAAAGAAAUGAGCGAUUUAAAUGAUCGUCUUGCUUCUUACAUAGAAAAAGUACGAUUUCUCGAGGCUCAAAAUCGUAAACUAGCCGCGGAUUUGGAUUUGUUGCGCAGCCGUUGGGGAAAAGAUUCCGUCAGCGUUCGUGUAAUGUAUGAAGGCGAGCUACAAGAAGCAAGGAAAAUAAUAAACGAUACGAACAGCGAACGUGAAGAUUUAGAAAAACAGAUUCGAAAACUUUUAGAUGAAGUGGCUGAAUACAGAAAAAGAUAUGACGAUGCACUUCGAGGCCAUCAGAAUGAUCGUGAACGUAUCGAUGAAUUACUAGCUAAGUUAUCUACCCUUGAGGCUGAACUGGAUCUUUUGCGACGUCGUAUAAACAAUUUAGAAGAAGAAAUUAGCCGUAUCAAGAAAGAUAACAUACAUUUCGUCAAUGAACUGAAUAAAGCAAGAUCGGAUUUGGAUCAGGAAACCUUGAAUCGUAUUGAUUACCAAAAUCAAGUACAGACAUUACUGGAAGAGAUCGAUUUUAUGCGACGUGUUCAUGAUCAAGAAAUUGGUGAUUUGCAAGCAAUGGCUGCUCGUGAUACAACAUCUGAAAAUCGUGAAUACUUCAAAAAUGAGCUAUCGUCAGCAAUUCGUGAUAUCCGGGCAGAAUAUGAUCAGAUUUGUAGUAUGAAUCGCACCGAUAUGGAAUCAUGGUAUAAACUGAAAGUGCAAGAAAUUCAAACGCAAUCAACAAGACAAAAUAUGGAACAAGGUUAUGCUAAGGAAGAGGUCAAGCGACUCCGUGUACAACUUUCUGAGCUUCGUGGUAAACUUGCUGAUCUUGAGGGACGUAAUUCGCUACUAGAAAAACAAAUGCAAGAAUUGAAUUACCAACUGGAAGAUGACCAACGCUCUUAUGAAGCUGCUCUUAAUGAUCGUGAUGCACAAAUUCGUAAAAUGCGUGAAGAAUGUCAAGCACUGAUGAUGGAAUUACAAAUGCUUCUUGAUACUAAACAGACUUUGGACGCUGAAAUUGCAAUUUAUCGAAAAAUGCUCGAAGGCGAAGAAAAUCGUGCAGGCUUACGUCAACUUGUCGAACAAGUCGUGAAAACUCACGGCUUUACUGAAGUUGGUGAAACAGAGAGUGUUCGAGUAUUGAAAGGUGAAACAGCUAGUCGUACAUCUUUUCAGCGUUCUGCCAAAGGAAACAUUUCCAUACAAGAUGCUUCUCCUGACGGUAAAUAUAUUCUGUUAGAAAAUACACAUCGUUCGAAGGAAGAAGCCAUUGGUGAAUGGAAAAUAAAAAGAAAGAUCGAUGGUAAACGAGAAAUCAUUUAUACUCUUCCAAGAGAUUUUAUCUUAAAACCUGGAAAAUCUGUCAAGAUUUGGGCACACGGUCAAGGAAUGCACAAUCCACCAGAACAAUUGGUCUACGAUGCAGAAGACUCUUUUGGAACAGGCUCCAACGUACAAACCAUUCUCUUUAAUAAGGAAGGAGAGGUAAUGUCAUAG